CACUCACUCAUUUUUUGUUUCAUUGUUUUACAGCCGUUUGUUUCGUCAUUGAUGGAUGUGUACGGGGUCUAAGGACACUACGCCGAAACUGCUCCAAAGUGGUCCUUCAGCAGACUGGGGAACACCAGCUCCAUGGACCGACGUGAGGCCACGAGGUUCCCAGGAAAGAGAGAGAGAGAGAGAGAGUGGGAGUGGACGGCUGGGAGGUGUCUCCUGCAGAAACAAGCCUGCACCUCCCUACAUGUCCGUGGGACUCGUGUGCUUUGCAUGCAGAGGGGUGAGGACGCAGAGCAGCAGAUCUGUAAGAUCGUCAGAGUCUCUGGGCCUCCGUCCUCCUGCUUGAGCCGGACCCUGAACCUGAGCCAGGAAGAGAGAGAAACCCGAGAGCCAUUCAGCCAGCAUGGAGGGGAGGCGAGGUCUUCUCGUCAGCCUCAUCAUGGCAGCGUGUUUCUAUGGCAACGCCGCCCAGAGGACAGUCUGCACUCAAGAGGCUGUAGCUGACAUCGUCUUCCUGGUCGACGGCUCGUGGAGCAUUGGCACCGAGAACUUCAAGCAGAUCCGUCGGUUUCUGUCCACACUGGUCAACAGCUUCGACGUUGGGCCUAACCAUGUCCAAAUCGGCCUAGUCCAGUACAGCACCAGUCCACGCACCGAGUUCCUCCUCAACACCUAUCGGGACAAACAGGACAUACUCAAGUACAUCAGCAAAUUACCUUACAUGGGGGGAGGCACCCAGACAGGGGAGGGUUUGGACUUCAUGUUGAAUAAUCACUUUGUGGAGUCAGCUGGAAGCCGGGCUCGCCAGAGGGUGCCGCAGAUCGCUGUGGUGAUCACUGAUGGCAAAUCUCAAGACAAUGUAGAGUCCCACGCCCAGAAUCUGAAGAGAAGGGGAAUUGUUUUGUAUGCAAUUGGUAUCAAAGAUGCAGAUGAAGACCAGCUGAAAGAGAUAGCGAAUGAGCCGCACAGCCAGCAUGUCUACAGCGUGUCUGAUUUCGCAGCUCUGCAGGGAAUUUCUCAGAGCAUGGUCCAGACGCUGUGCACAACUGUAGAGGAGGCCAAACGACAACUACUCCAAUUGUCUCAAGAAUGUGCCAAAGCCACAGUGGCUGACAUCGUCUUCCUUGUCGACGGUUCCUCCAGCAUUGGCAUUGCCAACUUUCAGGAGGGCCAAAAGUUUCUUGGCAGUGUCGUCGCAGGCCUCGACAUCGGCCCUGACAAAGUUCGGGUCGGCUUGGCACAGUACAGUGACGAAACUUACCAGGAGUUCCUGCUGAAGGAUCACAUGGACAAGCAAUCCCUGCUGGCUGCGAUCAGCUCAUUUCCCUACCGAACGGGAGGCACAGAAACAGGCAAGGCCAUCGACUUUCUCCUGCAGACGUACUUCACGGAGGAGGCUGGGAGUCGAGCCAACCAACGGGUGCCUCAGAUCGCUGUGGUCAUCACGGAUGGUGACUCCACGGAUGAUGUGAUAGGGCCCGCCCAGCGCCUGAGGCAGCACGGAGUCAUUGUGUUUGCCAUUGGUGUGGGACAAGCCAACCUAAAGGAGCUUCAGUCCAUCGCCAGCCGGCCUGCAGAGCGCUUCCUCCUCACCUCUACCAGCUACCAGGCUCUGGAGAGGUUGACAGAGGGUCUGCUGCAAACUGUAUGUGUCUCCAUGGAGGAUCAGAGGCAAGCGUUGGCAGAAAAGUUUGCAGAUGUUUUCUUCCUGGUGGACAGCGGCAUGGGUGCAGAGAAGUUUACGCAGAUCAGGAACAUCCUCGUCCGACUAGCCAAUCAACUGAACAUCGGAGAGUCUGCCCACCGUUUCGGCUUGGCUCAAUAUGGUCAAGAUGUCAAGGUGGAAUUUCUUUUUAACGCCCUCAAAACCAAGGAGCAGACCCAGACUACUGUUAAGCGUUUCCGUCAGCAGCGACUGCAACCCAACGAGCCACGUAACCUUGGCAACGCAUUGCAGUAUGCUUACACUAAUUUUUUCACCAGUCAGGCAGGAAGCCGGGCAGACCAAGGCUACAGACAGUACCUGGUCGUUCUGAGUGGAAAAGACUCAAAUGAUUCUGUGUAUAAGCAGUCACGUCUGAUCAAAUCAGAUGGAAUAAUUGUGGUGGGAAUGAGCCUCGGUGCAUCAAUAAAGGAAAUGCGUGUCAUAGCCACAGCACCAUACAUAUACCAGACUAUCACCAAUGCUGUACCUACACUGAAGAGCAUUUUUGAAACUGAGGAAGUGGAGGCUGCUCUCUCUGGAGAUUGCAGGGCAGCCAAACUGGCAGACAUCGUGUUCAUUGUUGAUGAAUCAGGAAGCAUUGGAACCCCCAACUUCCAGCUGGUACGCACCUUCCUGCACUCGAUUGUGAGCGGCUUGGAAGUCAGUCCAACCAAAGUCCGAGUUGGCAUUGUGCUCUACAGCGACAGCCCCACAGCACAGGUCUACCUCGACUCCUUCGAUGACAAGAAAGAACUGCUCAAGUUCAUCAAAAUCUUGCCUUAUCGUGGAGGUGGUACACGCACUGGAGAUGCCCUAAAGUUCGCCCGGGAGAAUGUUUUUAUCAAGCAAAGAGGUAGCAGGAAAGAUAAGGGUGUUCAGCAGGUGGCGGUGGUGAUCACUGACGGUGAAUCCCAGGACAACGUGAGCACACCAGCAGCUGAUCUCCGUCGGGCCGGUGUCAAAGUUUACUCCGUAGGAGUCAAAGAUGCCAACAAGGGCCAGCUGGUAGAGAUGGCAUCUCAUCCCCCCAGUAAACAUGUGUUUAUUGUGGACAGUUUUGUCAAGCUGAAAUCUCUGGAGCAGAGCCUGCAGAAAAUUCUUUGCGUUGACAUCAUUCGCAAACCCUUUUUGGUCAGCACAAGAAGAACUGGAAUCAAAGAAGGCUGCGUACAAACAGAUGAAGCAGAUAUCUUCUUCCUGAUUGAUCACUCAGGGAGUAUUUACCCCUCAGACUUCAGUGACAUGAAGAAGUUCAUCAUUGAGUUUCUUCACACUUUCCGUAUUGGGCCACAACACGUCCGCUUGGGGGUUGCAAAAUAUGCAGAUUCACCAAACUUAGAAUUUGAUCUGACAGCUCACUCAGAUGUCAAGGCUUUGGAGAAAGCUGUGGAGGAAAUUAAACAAGUGGGAGGUGGGACGGAAACAGGAAGAGCACUGACAUUCAUGGGUCCACAGUUUGACAAAGCAAUGGCCACUCGUGGGCACAAAGUCUCAGAGUACCUGGUGGUCAUCACUGAUGGAAAAUCUUCUGAUGAUGUCAAGAUUCCUGCAGAAAAACUGAGGGCACAGGGUGUCACUGUCUACGCCAUUGGGGUGAAAAACGCAGAUCAAGAAGAGCUGCAAGAGAUUGCCGGCGACCCUAAGAGAAUGUUCUUUGUCAAUAAUUUUGAUGCUCUAAGGCCAAUCAAGGAUGAUAUCAUCACAGACAUCUGUUCUGCAGAUGUUUGCAAAGAUAUACCAGGCGAUCUCAUAUUUUUGAUUGACAGCUCUGGGAGCAUCUAUCCCGAAGACUAUAAGAAAAUGAAAGACUUCAUGAAAUCUGUCAUUAGCAAGUCCGUCAUUGGGCAGAAUGAGGUGCACGUUGGUAUCAUGCAGUUCAGCACUAUCCAACAACUAGCCUUCGCACUCAACAACUACUACACCAAAGAGGACAUGUUCAGAGCCAUUGAUGGCAUGCAGCAGAUUGGUGGAGGCACACACACAGGCGAAGCCAUCACUGAUGUGUCACAGUAUUUUGAUCCAGUCAGAGGAGGACGUCCUGACCUGAGGCAGAGGCUGGUGGUGAUAACAGAUGGUGAGGCCCAAGAUGAGGUCAAAGGCCCUGCUGCGGCUUUGAGGGCCAAAGGAGUGGUGGUCUAUGCCAUUGGAGUUGUGGAUGCCAACACCACCCAGCUGCUGGAGAUCAGCGGGUCAACAGACAGGGUGUAUGCUGAGAGGGACUUUGAUGCUCUGAAGGACUUGGAGAGCCAGGUGGCCCUGGAGCUCUGUGAUCCACAGAGAGAGUGUAAGAAGACAGAAAAAGCUGACAUUAUUUUCCUGGUUGACGGCUCCACAAGCAUAACCCUGCGCAAGUUUAGAAGCAUGCAAACAUUUAUGGAGUCAAUAGUGAAUCAAACCACAGUUGGAAAAGACCUGACUCGCUUUGGGGUCAUUCUCUACUCUACCGACCCCAAAUCUGUCUUUACUCUGAAUAAGUAUACCUCCAAACGAGAAGUUCUUCAAGCGAUAGCAGCACUGAAGUCCCCAUAUGGUGACACUUACACUAGCAAGGCCUUGGGAUACUCGUUACAGUUCUUUGGUGCUGAAAACGGUGGUCGGGCGGCACUCCAGGUGCCUCAGAUCCUCAUGGUGAUCACAGAUGGCGAUGCUACCGACCGUAACAACCUGGUCGCACCGUCCAUUGCACUGAGAAACAACAGGAUAUCGGUUGUAAGUAUCGGAGUGGAAGGAGCAAACAGAACACAGCUGGAGAUCAUGGCCGGUCAUGACACGUCCAAAGUUUUCUACGUGGACAAUUUCGAUGCCCUGGAAACUCUGUACAAGAAUAUUACUGAGGUCCUCUGCCAGCCAGUUUGUGAAAAACAGAAGGCUGACCUGGUCUUCCUGAUUGAUCAGUCUGGCAGCAUCGAUCCAAAGGAUUACACCAUCAUGAAGAAUUUCACAACAGGACUAGUGAACAGCUUCACAGUCAGUGAAGAUUUAGUGCGUGUUGGAGUCGCCCAGUUCAGCAGCUCCUUUCAGCCUGAGUUUUACCUCAACCAGUUAAACACUGCAGAAGCAGUGAACAAGCACAUCUUGAGCAUGCAGCAGCUCGGUGGAGGAACCAAAAUCGGACUGGCCCUGGAAUCCAUUAAGAAUUAUUUUGAGGCGUCACAGGGCAGCCGUAAAUCUGCCGGGAUCUCCCAGAAUCUGGUGUUGAUAACAGAUGGCGAAUCAGAGGAUGAAGUGGAGGAGGCAGGCGAUGCUCUCAGGGCUAUGGGGAUAGAGGUGUUUGCCAUCGGCAUUGGAGACGUCCACGACCUGCAGCUCCUGCAGAUCACCGGUACUCCAGAGAAGCUCUUUACUGUGCAGAACUUCAAUAGCUUGGAAGAGAUCAAGAAAAAGGUGGUUUCCACCAUCUGCAAAUCCAAGCCCCCCGAAGAUCCCCCACAAAGCUGCACCAUUGAUAUCGCCAUGGGAUUUGAUAUCACUCGAAACAGAGCUCCUGGUGAGGCACUGAUCCAUGGCCACAGCAAGCUCCAGACCUUCCUGCCAGACAUCGUCCAUUACGUUUCCUCAGUACCUGGCCUCUGCUGUGUCGGCCCCACACCUGUGAAAACCAACAUCGCCUACCGACUUGUAGCUCGUGAUGGACGCAUCCUGUAUGACUACAGCUUUGAGGGCUACAAUGAGGAUGUGGUGAGGAAGGUCAUGACCACGAAUUUGGCAGAGGCCACUUAUUUCAACACCGCCCUGCUGAAAUCCUUCGAGCAAAAGUUCAAAGCCGAGUCCAGAUCUAGUGUGAAGGUGCUGGUGAUCUUCUCAGACGGACUCGAUGAAAAUGUGAUGAGUCUGGAACGUGAAUCAGACCUGCUGCGAAAGUCUGGCAUCAGUGCUCUGCUGACUGUGGCUCUGGAGGGAGUGCGUAACCCCGCCGAGCUGCAGAUGGUGGAGUUUGGUCGAGGAUUUGGCUACAAGCUUCCUCUGAGCAUCAGCAUGCCAAGUGUCGGCAGCACCAUCCUCAAACAGAUCGACACGGUGUCGGACCGAGAAUGCUGCAACGUCAUGUGCAAAUGCUCGGGACACGAAGGCGUGCGAGGCUCUCGGGGCCCCCCGGGGUCAAAGGGAGUGUCUGGACAGAAGGGUUACCCCGGGUUCCCAGGAGAGGAGGGCGUCGCUGGCGAGCGGGGACGUCCCGGACCGAGUGGACCUCAGGGUGUCCAGGGAUGUUCGGGGCUCAGAGGAUCAAAGGGCUACAGAGGCCUGCGAGGAAACAGGGGUGAAGAAGGAGAGGACGGACUGGACGGAGUCAACGGAGAACAGGGAGUGACAGGAAAGGACGGAGCCCGAGGAGAGAGAGGACACCCGGGAAACCCCGGUAUCCCAGGUAUCAGAGGAGAGGCGGGGCUGAAAGGACAGCGAGGACUGAGAGGAGAUCCGGGUGAACCAGGUGUUGACAACACCACACCAGGAGCCAAGGGAGAGCCCGGCAACCCAGGUUUACCGGGCUCACCUGGAGAGGACGGACGGCCAGGUGAGAAUGGAGUCGUCGGAAACCCGGGUCCAGAUGGACGGAGAGGCUCGGUCGGUCCGAAGGGUGAACCCGGAGGACCAGGAGUUCUAGGACUAUCAGGCAACCCCGGUGCUUCUGGUCCACAGGGUCCCAGAGGGGUCAGAGGUCAACCUGGACCAAGAGGAAUCCCCGGGCUUCCUGGACCUCAGGGUCAGCCAGGAUCAGCUGGAGACCCGGGAUCAGUCGGACGCCGUGGACCUAACGGACAGAAGGGUCAACCAGGAGAUCCAGGUGAUAAAGGUGUUCCAGGAUCACUGGGACCCAGAGGAAUGCCGGGUGAGGAUGGUAGAGAUGGUUUCGGACCUGCAGGACGUAAAGGUGCCAAGGGAGAUCCUGGUUUCCCUGGUUAUCCUGGUCUAAUAGGUGAGGACGGCAUCCAGGGAACCAAAGGAUAUCCAGGACGUAAAGGGAACUUGGGUCGAGGGGGGAACUCAGGCCUACCUGGAGAAUCAGGACUGCCAGGAGAACAGGGAUAUCCAGGACACAGAGGUCCCAGAGGUCCUCCUGGAACCAGAAACAUGACCGAGUGUCAGCUGAUCACCUACAUCAGAGACAACUGUGCCUGUGCCAUUGAUCGGUUGGAGUGCCCGGCCUACCCCACCGAGCUGGUGUUUGGUCUGGACAUGUCCGACGACGUGACCCCAGCUGCCUUCGAGAGGCAGCGUGUCGCUCUCCUCACUCUGCUGGAGGAUAUCACCAUCACUGAGAGCAACUGUCCAACGGGCGCCCGGGUCGCUGUGGUGGGAUACAAUGCCAAUGUCAAGUACCUGAUCCGCUUCCAGGACUACCGCCGCAAGAAACAACUGAUCGAAGCCGUGAAGAACAUCGCUCUGGAGAGGACAUCCAACAAACGACACCUGGGGGCCGCCAUGCGCUUUGUGGGUCAACACGUCUUCAAACGUGUCCGAUCAGGAAUGUUGAUGAGGAAGGUGGCAGUCUUCCUUUCUGGUGGGCCUACGCAGGACGUUAACGACAUCCUUACCGCCAUGAUGGAGUACCAGGGCUUUGACAUCAGCCCAGCCGUCAUCUCUCUGAGGAACGCUCCUGGUAUUCGUCGAGUCAUGGAGAUCGAUGACACAGGGAAAUCCUUCUUCAUAGAGCUAGGGAGGGACAUGGCUGCCGACCUGAGGAAGGUCAAGAACUGUGCAAUCUGUUAUGACCCGUGCAAGCGUUCAGAGGAAUGCACCAUCCAGCAACCGGUGCUGCCUCAGGAAGUGGAUGCAGACCUGGUCAUGGUGUUGGACAGCUCCAGGGAGAUGCAGGCCGAUGAGUACGCUGGUGCCCAGCAGCUGCUGGGCUCUGUGGUGGAGCAGCUGGUUGUGAGCCAGCAGCCCCGCAGGGCUGGCAGCCAGGCCCGGGUGGCUGUAGUCCAGCAGAGCGGCACCAGGGCUCCCAAGGUGGAGUUUGACCUGCAGACCUACCAGAACCACAACGCGAUGAGGACACACCUGAUCCAGAACAUGCAGCAGCAGGGCGGUGCCUCGGCACUGGGACAGACGCUGGACUUCACCCUAAGGGAGGUGCUCCUGAAGGCCAGUCAGCCCCGCAGGAGGAGGGUGAUGCUGGCUGUGGUGGGCACCCAGACGGCUUACUCAGACCGGACCAAGCUGCAGUACAUCUCCCAGAAGGCCAAGUGUGAGGGGGUGGCGCUGUUUGUGGUGACAGUCGGUGAUCGCUACAACCGGGAGCAGGUGGAGGAGCUGGCUAGUCUGCCCGUACAGCAGCACCUGAUCCACAUGGACAGACUGAAUCCUGACGAGCAGGGCUACGCCCAGCGCUUCUUCAAAGUCUUCCUCUCUGCCCUCAACAAGGGAAUGAACCCGUAUCCUCCUCCAUCAUUAAAACAGAUCUGUGAUCAGCUGACUGGACAAGAGAAAGUACUCAUACACAGUGUGUCCGGUCAGGAAGAGACGGUGCUGCAGGUGGGGGGGAGGAUCGUUACCGACGAGGUGGAGGAGAAGUUCCAGGAGCACACGAGAGGAAAGACCCAGACCGGCCAGCUGGACAUCAUCGAGACUCUGACCCGAGGAGACGGACAGAAAUUUGUCUCAGGAGUUAAUCUCAACGCCCGGUGUCAGCUGGGUGCCGAUAGAGGUAUCCAGUGUAUGGGCUAUGUCCAAAAAUGGUACUAUGACAAACACAUCGGUGCAUGCUCUCCCUUCUGGUAUGGUGGUUGCGCCGGUAACGCCAACCGCUUUGACACGGAACAUGAAUGUUUCCGGACAUGUGGCAACAAGAAGCCGGACAUCCUGCCGAGGCCGGACCUGCAGAGCUUUGCUACCAAAGACUCCUGUUACCUUCCACCAGGACCCGGGUGGCUGCCAGAACUACACCAUGAUGUGGUUCUUUGACACAGAACAGAACGAAUGUUCUCGGUUCUGGUACGGUGGCUGUGGCGGCAACGGCAACCGCUUCAAGACGCAACAGGAGUGCGAGAACCUCUGUCUGACAAGGGGUCGAUGAGAAGAUAAUGGUUGGACAGAAAACACCAAACAUGUAUCAGGAAAACUUUAGGAAACAUGCAUUUUCAAGGAAAAACACAGAGGAGGGUUCAUGAAUUCUUUAAAAGCCUUUACUCACUGAGUGUGUCGUGGGUCAGUUCAGCUGUUAACUAGUUUCUGAUAAAUACGCCUUCAGGGAAAGUUGAAACUGUCCCACAGCUCAGCAGGUGUUUAGAGGCUUUUUUAUAUUCAGUCCACGAUGAAGAGUUUCCUUUGGUUUUUCUCUUAAACAUGCAUGUUUUGUUUCCACCAGAGCACUGUUUCUGAAUAUCCUUUAAAACUUUCACCAAACCUUCAACUUUCUGCAAUAGAAAACUCGCAAACUGUUGGAUGUUGGCCAAACAUGGCCGACGCUUGUCAGACUCCACAGUUGUUCAACACCUCCUUCAGGUCUCUUUACGUUCUUCUUCAGAUCAGGUGCUAUGUUUAAUGAAGCAGGCGGGGGCCGAUGUUGGCUGAGACUCAGAGUGAAACGCUUGAAGGAAUCAAAUCACAGUUUAUGUAAAUGAGCUUCAUAUCCACGACACAUUAUUUUCCAUAACUGAUCAUAAAGGGUUGAUUUGACACAUUCAGUUGUUUUUCUGUUCAGCUGCUGAAAGAUUCAAACGACUGAACCUAAAGAUGUCAGGGACUGAAACUCUGCAGAUCAAUUUUAAAAGAAAUCACAAAACUGUAUUAUCUUGUAAUCUUAGGAUUUUAUUUCAGAUUUACUGUUCUCCAAAGAUCAGGGUGUGAUGUUUAAGAUCUCAUGACCUCCUGCAUUUAGAAACAUUUAUUGUAAUUCAGCUGCAGAUUAGAAGACGCCGCUCUCAGACAUCUGACAAGAAAAUAAGAGUCCUACCUUUCAAAGUUUUGGUCUUGGUUGCUGUUGGUUAUGACAAUGUUUUCACAACUUCAAUGCUGAGAUCUAAGGAUGAUGAAACAGCCUGAAAAUGACAUGAUGGGACACGGAGGUGACUCAGGAACCAUUAAAUACAACCCACAUCAUCAUGUUGGUGACUUAUUAGAAACGUGGACUUUAGAUUCUACUUGAUAAAAUCAUAGACUGAUUUGAAGAGUAUGGUGUAAAUAUUUGCAGCUUAACAACAACAGAAUCGAUCUGAUCGCUGCUGACCAAGAUGAAAAACAUUUAGGGCUCAUAAAACACAGAGAACUCGGACUUGACCUGGGACUAUGGUGCCAACUAACCACCACAGACUAUUUCUGUCUUUAGAUAUUUUUCACUUUACUGUCACGUGUGACAAAGUAAUUAAAUAAUUAACUGUUA